AUGAGAGUGACCGAAGCCCCAGCGGUGGUGCUGCGCCCCGUCGGCGAAGUCACCGCUCGCUCGGAGCCCUCGAUACAACGAUUGCUUGACAACGAUAGGACCGGCCAAUUGAGUCGAGCCCGCGAUCGCCUAUCAACAUUUUGUAAGAAAUUACGACGCACUAUUAGCGACGUGGAUACACCUAAAAAGAACGACCUGGCUACGGAAAAGAAACCCGUCUCCUCGCACCGCAAGGACGGAUCCAAAGUGACAACCGUGGUAGCGACGCCGGGGCAAGGCCCGGAUAGACCCCAGGAAGUCAGCUAUGCUGACAUGAAGCUGAUAGGUAAUGGAAGCUUCGGCGUCGUGUACCAGGCCAAAUUAUGCGACACUGGCGAACUCAUCGCCAUCAAGAAAGUGCUUCAAGACAAGCGGUUUAAGAACAGGGAGCUGCAAAUCAUGAGACGGCUGGAACAUUGUAAUAUUGUCAAAUUGAAAUACUUCUUUUACUCCAGCGGUGAAAAGGUGGCUGUGCCCGUCGCGGUUAGCUCUCUACUAAACGCAAUGCAGUCUCUAGAAGUCGCAUUUGUUUCGUUGCAGAAGGACGAAGUGUACCUGAAUUUGGUGCUGGAAUACAUACCUGAGACAGUAUACAAAGUCGCCCGUCACUACUCCAAAGAUGAACAAACAAUACCCAUUAGUUUUAUAAAGCUCUACAUGUACCAGCUGUUCAGAAGCCUCGCAUACAUCCACUCGCUCGGCAUCUGUCACCGGGACAUCAAACCUCAGAACCUCCUGCUGGACCCCAAGUCAGGGGUGCUCAAGCUGUGCGAUUUCGGUUCAGCGAAACACCUCGUCCGCGGCGAACCGAAUGUUUCUUACAUCUGCUCGCGGUAUUACCGAGCCCCUGAGCUGAUAUUCGGGGCCAUAGAUUAUACUACUAAAAUCGAUGUAUGGAGCGCGGGUUGCGUUGUGGCUGAACUUCUCUUGGGUCAGCCAAUCUUCCCUGGGGAUUCUGGUGUUGAUCAGCUCGUUGAAAUCAUCAAGGUGUUAGGAACACCCACGCGAGAACAGAUACGUGAAAUGAAUCCAAACUACACAGAAUUCAAGUUCCCACAGAUCAAGAGUCAUCCAUGGGCUAAGGUAUUCCGCGCCUGCACGCCCCCUGACGCCAUUUCUUUGGUGUCCCGCCUGCUAGAGUAUACUCCUGGCGCGCGUCUGUCCCCGCUGCAGGCGUGCGCGCAUUCGUUCUUCGACGAGCUCCGCGAGCCGGCCGCGCGUUUGCCCAACGGCCGCGCGCUGCCACCACUGUUCAACUUCACGGAGUACGAACUGGCCAUACAGCCGAGCCUCAACGACUUCCUCAAGCCUCGCGCCGCUGUAACAGACGCGGCCCCGGCCCCCACCGCCGCCUCCUCCGAACAACAGGACGCGCAGGGAGAGACGGCGGCGAGCGGCCCCAGCGGUUCCCCGGGAGCGUCGUAG